CUGACGAUCAUUUUUGAUGUCUUUAGCCGCAUACAGAGUCCCUUCCCCGACAUGCGCGAAUCUUACACACGAGAAACUCAGCUCUCCGAUUGCUGGAUAAACAUCCGCAGCGGCCUAGUGCAAUGCGGGGUCUGUAAAGGCGGGAACGCAAUUUGGACGGAUAGAGACGAGUUUCUUGGGAAAAGAUGGAGAUGGGGAUGGUAGGACCGAGAUGUAGUAGUUCAUGAGGAGAUUUGCUAUACCACAAUUGCUAUAUAACUAAUGUCCAGGAUCUCGAAGCCCAGAUGGAUAUUUGGAAGCAGGAAUUGAAGACAAGUUGCCAAAGAUGCGGUUCUUGAAGCUUCUUACUGUGGCAUUGAGCGCUCUUCUGUGGACAUCUGCCAAUGCGACAGAUGAUGGAUUGACUACAGCGGUGACGUGGGAUCCAUAUAGUUUGUCAGUCAAUGGCAGUAGGGUGUUCAUAUUCUCUGGCGAAUUCCACUAUCAGCGUAUGCCUGUACCUGAGAUGUGGCUUGAUAUCUUCCAAAAAUUCAAAGCAAAUGGAUUUAAUGCUAUAAGUAUAUACUUCUUCUGGUCAUACCAUUCUCCAUCGAAAGGCGUGUACGACUUCGAGACAUCUGGGAAGAAUGUCCAACGCGUUUUCGAUUAUGCGAAAGAGGCAGGUCUAUGGGUCAUCGCUCGUGCUGGUCCUUAUUGCAAUGCCGAAACGAACGGUGGAGGAUUCGCACUUUGGGGGUCAGACGGCAGUCUGGGGAAUCUGCGUACAAGCGACGCAACAUACUACGAAUCAUGGCUGCCAUGGAUCACGCAAAUCGGAAACAUCAUCGCGGCGAAUGAAGUCACGAAAGGUGGACCAGUCAUCUUGAAUCAGAUUGAGAAUGAGCUUCAGGAAACAACGCAUUCUGCGACCAAUACGCUAGUAGUAUACAUGGAGCAAGUCGAGGCAGCUUUUCGAGCAGCGGGAGUGACUGUUCCAUUUUCGAGCAAUGAGAAGGGAGAGCGAUCCAUGUCAUGGAGUACCGACUAUGAGAAUGUCGGGGGCGCUGUCAAUGUCUACGGUCUGGACAGUUACCCAGGCGGAUUCUCUUGCACUAAUGUGAACACCGGCUUCAGUGUGGUUCGGAAUUACUAUCAAUGGUUUGCCAACUAUUCUUACACACAACCGAACUACUUCCCAGAGUUCGAAGGCGGCUACUUUACGCCAUGGGGUGGAAGCUUCUAUGAUUCCUGUUUGGCGGAGCAUGAUCCAGCCUUCGCAGAUGUGUAUUACAAGAACAAUAUCGGACAGAGAACGACACUAAUGAGUUUGUAUAUGGCCUGGGGAGGAACGAAUUGGGGACAUUCUGCUGCACCUGUUGUCUAUACCUCAUACGACUAUUCCGCUCCGUUGCGAGAGACUAGGCAGAUUCAAGAUAAGUUUUACCAGACGAAACUAGUCGCUCUUUUCGCCCGGAAUUCGCCCGACCUACUCGAAACCUACAUGGUUGGUAAUGGAACGGGAUACUCGGUCUCAACUACAGGUAUCUGGACAUGGGAAAUUCGAAACCCAGAUACGAAUGCCGGCUUCUACACUGUUCAGCAAGCGACCACUAGUUCUCGCGCUUCAGUCACAUUCUCUGCUUACCUCAACACGUCCGAGGGAAACAUCACUGUUCCCAAUGUCAAUCUGAAUGGACGACAAAGUAAGAUUCUUGUCACGGACUACACAUUUGGCACCCAUACUUUGCUCUACUCAAGUGCUGAUAUUCUCACUUGGGGAACUUUCGGAGACGUUGACGUUAUUGCUCUGUACCUUGAAGAAGGUCAAGUUGGGCAAUUUGCAAUCACAAAUAGUCCCUCCAAUGCUUCACAUACCUCUUUCGGCCCAACAGUGUACACAGCUACUUCAUCUGGUAGCACAACAACAUUUGUUUACACACAAGGAGCCGGCCAAACUGUCAUUCAAUUCAAUGGUGUCCUGAUCUAUUUGCUAGAGCAGCAGACAGCAUGGAAAUUCUGGGCCCCAUCGACAACGACUAGCCCAGACCUCAAGCCUAACGAGCAAAUUUUCGUUCUUGGUCCGUACUUAGUUCGGAACGCCACUAUUUCACACGGCGUUGUGCACGUCUCAGGAGACAAUGAUAAUGCAACAACCAUUGAGGUAUUUUCUGGCGAUUCCAGCAUUCAAACAAUCGACUGGAAUGGCCUUCGUAUGAGUGCUACUCAAACACCGUACGGAUCUGUCACAGCUCAAAUCCCAGGAAACGAGAAUCGAACGAUCUCUCUCCCUACGUUGGACAAUUGGCGCUCGGCGGAUUCUUUGCCUGAAAAGCUCGCCUCCUACGACGAUUCGAAAUGGGCUGUCUGCAACAAAACCACUACAUUGAGCCCUGUGGCUCCGUACACACUGCCCGUAUUGUUUUCGAGUGAUUAUGGUUACUACACGGGCGCAAAAGUCUACCGAGGCUACUUCGACGGAGCGAAUUAUACAGCUGUAAACAUCAGCUGCUCUGGUGGUCUCGCAUUUGGUUGGACCGCAUGGCUCAAUGGAGUCCUCAUUGGUGGCAACGUUGGGAAUGCCUCGCUUACGACUACCACUGCUGUCCUCACUCUACCAUCUACCUCUCUCAAAGCUACUGAUAACCUUGUGACGGUCGUGGUUGACUACCACGGGCACGACGAAACCUCCACUGCAAAAGGCGUUGAGAAUCCUCGUGGCAUCCUAGGCGCACAACUCAUCUCUGCUAGUAAGUCGACCACAACGACAAGCACCGGCUUCAAGACUUGGAAGAUUCAAGGAAACGCUGGUGGUUCAGCAAACAUCGAUGCUGUUCGUGGUCCUAUGAAUGAAGGUGGAUUGUACGGCGAGCGUCUCGGCUGGCCUCUACCAGGUUUCACUCCCGACUCCACAUUUGAUCGUUCAUCUCCCCUGACCGGACUCAACUCUUCUGGCAUCCGCAUGUACACCACAACCUUCCAUCUAAACAUCGACAGUGAUCUCGAUGUCCCCCUCGGAAUCGAACUUGGAGCUCCCGCUGGAACCGUUGCACGAGUCAUGCUUUGGAUGAACGGCUACCAGUACGGGAAAUUUGUCCCGCAUAUUGGGCCACAGACUCGAUUCCCGAUCCCGCCUGGGGUUAUCAAUAAUAGGGAAGAGAAUACGUUGGCGGUUAGUAUCUGGGCUAUGACUGAUGCUGGAGCGAGCCUUGACGAGGUUAGUUUGAUUAGCUACGGAGCUUACCAGACGGACUUUACUUUUAAUCAGGAUUGGAGCUAUUUGCAGCCUGGUUGGGAUGCGAGUAGGUUGCAGUAUGCUUGAGAAGCUUCAGAAGUACCCGUAUGCUAUUGAAAAG